CUACACCACCGCCAUCGGCCAGCAAAUCCCCUCGGGAGACCCAAGACUGCCUGCUGCCACGAUGCAGUCCUCGGCCGCGCGCGCCUUCAACCUCCUGUCGGCCAAGAUCCACCCCCAGCUCCCGCUGACGCCCCGCGAGUCCCAGCAGCUGCUCUCCCUCCUCACAUCCUCCUUCAGACGACACCUGGAUCGCGAGCAUCCCGGAGCCCCCGAGGCUUCUGCAGCCCAGUCCUCUCGGCGAAGGAAGUCGAUCAGCAAGACCGCUGCCCAGGAUACCGCCCUCAAAUCGGCCUCUUCGCAUGUCCCCAUCAGCAGACUGUUCGAGUCUGUCCUCGCAAAUCCCCUGCUUGCCCACAAGCCAUCGAGGCAAGAUAGUCAUCCAGCUAUAUCUGCCCUGCAAGCCUUUUCGAAGAAUCCCUCGCAAUGGUUCAGAGACAGUGUAGCAGACGGGUCUGCCUCUAUCUAUACGGCAUUCCUCUACGCAGACGCCAUGAGGAAGACCUCCAAUGCCACGGCGACAAACGGCAUCGCUAGCUCCAACAAGGCUGGAACUGAAAUCGCACAGUGGCUGUGGGCGAGUGGACUGGAGACGACACCAGCCUUCAUCGAGAACCAUGCAUUUCAUACUAACUUGGCAGCGUUGCUUAUCCAAGAGCGCAACGAGCGACCACUGUGGCGAUGGCUUGGACCGGAUAUGCAACGUGCUUUAGAAAAUGCCGGUAUUCCGCCUGCACAGAUUGCUAGAUUCCGUAGCAGAUUGCUGAAAUCAGUUGUGCUCUGCAAACUCAACGGGACAGGCGGACUCGAAGACGCUAUAUCCGCACAUCUUCAUGCCUGCUCGCUGGAAAAGAAUACCUCCAGGCCUGUGAAAUACUCAGAAUUUUUUACGUCUGGCGCAUCCAUUGUUAGCCACAUUACCGCGAACUCCCGUGGCAUAUCUGUGGCAUCGUAUGAUGCUUUCUUUGGCAGCAUUCACAAGUGGUGUAGCGGCGCCGAAGGCUUCAAGGCAUUGCUUCUUCUCCAACAUCCUUCGACGCCGGAUCUCAAUCCAGCUCUCCAGUAUCUUAGGAAAAUGGCGCCUACCUUCACAUACCCAAAACACCCGCAAAUGCGUUACUUCCUAGUCAACUUAUCCUUGGCACUAGCGCGCGGCCUUCUCGCAGAGGACAGAUUCGCAGACGGCCUGUGGGUGCUAGACUUUCUCAAAGAAAAAUUUCCCAAGGAAGUUGGGUGGAAGCCGUCGCCUGCACACAGUGCAACAGAAGAGCACAAUCUGGACAUAUCAAAGGAUGAACUGGAGAAUCUGCGGCUACUAGAAACUCUCAACGUAUGACCAAAUCGACAUAUGAUCAUACUGCAAUUGCUAGAGUACUUUGGAACUCAAAGAACCCUUCAAAGGGCU